AUGUUUUGGAGACUCGGCUUAAACCAUUCCGCAAUUGACGGACUUCUUGAUAAGGAAGAUCUAACCUUGGAGGAAUUAUUGGACGAAGAUGAUUUACUUCAAGAAUGCAAAGCUCACAAUAAUAAACUGAUUGAAUACCUUCGUGAUCCCGUAAUUUUGUCACAAUUGCUUAAUUAUAUAAUUCGUGAUGAUUUGGAUGAGAGACAAAGAUUCAAAUAUCCAUAUAUUGCAUGCGAGGUUCUUUCCUGUGAAAUUUGGGCUAUUUGUGAGGCCGUCAUCGAUAAUGCAGAUUUGCUUAAUUCGUUUUGGCAAUUCUUAGACAGUCCUCCACCAUUAAAUCCCUUACAAGCAGGUCAUUUUACAAAAGUUAAUGUAGUAUUCAUGCAGAAAAAGAUGAACGAGAUGGUUAAAUUCAUUCAAUCAAUUCCUAAUGUCGUUAAAAAAAUGUUGAAUCAUUUGGAGACCUCAGCUAUUGUGGAAUUAUUGCUUAAAUUAAUUAGUGUCGAGGAGUACCCGGAAGGUGCUGGGGUUAUUGAUGUUAGUGGUAAAUCGUAUCAAAUUGAUUGGUUGAAUUCUGAAGGACUUGUUGAUGCACUAAUUUCACGGCUGGACCCGAAUUUUGAUCCUGAUGUUCAUUCAACUGUUGCUCAAGUUCUAAUCGAUCUUGUUGCCAUUUCUCAAUCGAGUAAUCCUGAGCAAGGUGGUGUCGGUCCAAAUGCUCUGAGUAAAGAACUUAUCAGUGAAAAAACUGUAACACGGCUUGUCGAUUAUAUGCUUGACCCAGUAGCUCCAAAUUCAACUUCUACAUUAACAAAUGGUAUAAGUAUAUUUAUUCAAAUUAUUCAAAAGAAUAAUAGCGACUAUCAUGAAGAUUCAAUGUUACCUUCCCAACUUCAACAGCAUCCAGUGGUUGAUUUAAGCGAUAUGUUAAGAGUCUUGGCUAAUCGAAUUGGGGAGUUUAAGGAUUUAUUGGAAAGUCCUAAAUCAGUGUCGGGUCAAAUCGAAACAACGAUAGGUAAAAUUGUUCCACUUGGAUUUGAAAGAUUCAGGAUUUGCGAACUUCUUGCAGAAUUAUUACAUUGUUCAAAUAUGAGCUUGCUCAAUACUGUUCAGCAUGAUACAUCUACCAACGGGUUUUUCGAAUUAAAACGCGUAGAAGAUUACAAUGACUACGGACAAGUACUGGAUUCAAAUAUUUCUAAUGAAAAUUAUCAAGCUCAAAAAGUUGACGAAUCUCAAACAGCAAUGGAUAUUCAAGGAAAUGAAGAUACAAAGCAAAAGGAUUCACAACAGGAAGAAAUAUCUGUGGAACAAACCGCAAAACCUGUUUCUUCACCGAUAUUAAUGGAUAUUGUUGAAGAAUCACGGGAAUCAUCGGGAUCAGAAUAUGCCACACCAACUGACAUUUCUAAUGGACCGGUAUCUUCAGAGUUGCCGGUAGGCGAUAUAUUAAAGUUCAAAUUUGUUGAGCACAAAAUUAUACCAACAUGCCUGGAUUUAUUCUUUAAUUUUAAAUGGAAUAAUUUCCUGCAUACUGUGGUUUACGAUAUGAUCACUCAAAUAUUUAAUGGAAGAAUGGAUAUGGGGUAUAAUAAGACACUGGCAAUUUCUGUUUUCACCGAUGGACAGCUUACCAAACGUAUUACGAUGUCACAAAGACUAAACGAUAGUGAAGUUGAAAAACCAAAGGGCGUUAGGUUAGGUUAUAUGGGACAUUUAACCUUUAUCGCAGAAGAAGUAGUUAAAUUGUUGGAUAAUUAUGCGGUAGAAAUCGGAGAGAAAGUGAUAGAUUAUAUUGCGGCAGAAGAUUGGCAGGAAUAUGUAUCUAAAACAUUAUUUGAGACAAGAAAGCGUGAUCGUGAACCAUUAGGUGGCCAUCGUCCAAAUACUCAUGAUAGCAUGUCUCCUAGCGGUGACAUGGCAAGCGAUCAGUUUGCGCGGUAUUUAUGUCAACAAAUUACGAAUGAUUUACCGGAUAAAUUUGGUUCAUCAGAUGAAGAUGAUAGUGAGGAUGAUGAAGGGUGGAUUGGUGAUGAUUUUGACAGAGAUGACCUUGAUAUGAAUAUGAGGGGACCUUUCGCGAAUCCUAACAUGCUUGAGGGUGAUCCUUUCGAAAAUCGCAGAUCAUCUCUAGAUGAAGAAUUUAGAGGUGAUAGUGAUGAUGAGGAUAAUCCUAGCCAAUGGCAUUCUAGUUUGCAGGAAAAUAAGCAACUUCUUACCGUUGCAGAUUGGACAGCGGAUUUUCGAUCAACCUUUAAAUCCUCCGAUACAAUACAAACUUCAGAUUCGACAUCAUUAGCAACUAUCACCGCAAUUAUAACUCCGAAUACAAGUGAACCAUCCAUAGAAAUUUCUUCAAAUUCGAAACCCCCCAUCACAAAUAUUCAAGAAUCCAGUAAUUCGUUGAACAAUAUCAAAGAAGUUCCCGAAAAAGGUUCGAUUUUAGAGGAAUUAACAACUGCGCAAUCAAAUGUUGUUUCGGUUAUCGAUAAUCCAUACAAGCAAGAAUCAACGGAUAAAUUACGUGUUGAAGGAGAAAAACUUAUGAACUUUGAUAAAAUGGAGAACGUUAGUGUAAAGACUGUUGAUAAUAAUCAUAAAGAUGUACAGAAACCAAACGAGAAAAUCCAAGAUGAUAUGAAAUCACUUAGUUAA